AUGGCAAGCUCCGGUGGCGGGUUGUUUGGCAAUUCAAGCCAGCCCACCUCUUCGAAUUUAUUCGGAGGGGGCUCGGCAACAACAGGAAGCUUGUCCGCAAAACCGGCGAUGACAAAUGCACAUGCUGCACCAGGAUCCUCUCUGCUCACAGCUACUCCGGCUGCGCCUGCCAAUGCUGCAAGCGGCACUACGCAGGCACUAUCUGGGCAACAAGGAAUAUCUGCUUCGUCUUCUUCCGGAUCUUCGAGUACUUGCGGGGUCUCGGGAUUCUCUCCUCCGAAAUCUGCAUGGGGGGGGCGCCAGUUCGAGCGUCUAUACACGGAGGUCAUCUCUCCGAUGGUUCAGAAAGGGGAUACAUGGCCAUCAGCACGCCAGUUAAGGGAGAGACUUGCAGAGCUUCAGAGUGCGGCUUUGGCGGCUGCUUCAUCUGAUGCCCCCAUUAGUGGUGCGGAGGUUCGCACUCAAGCGUCUGCGCCCCCGCGAGGGUCCGCACAAAAAAGAUCAACAGGAAGCACGCGCCGAGAUGGCACGCUGUCACAAGAAGAAGACUACGUGGCGUCACUGGAGGAAGAGCAGGCAACUGUUCGGGCACAGUUGGAUGCGCUACUGACAUUUCAGCGUUCGGCAUUGCAGCGCAUUCUGCUCUUUCAAGAUGCUUUUGUGAAAAUUUUGACAGUUCCGGAACGCCAGGUGUCGGUGUCGUCUGCUCAGCUGGAGCAGUUUGCUCGAGAGAGCUAUCCAGGGUGGGAGCGUCUCUGCAAGGAUAUCGACCAGCUUUCUCAGCUGCAUAACUUGGACCAAUACAUGUGUUUCUCUCUUGCCUUCGAUGCUGUCCAGAUUCUUCAGGAGACAAACCCUUCGUCUGGCGCUUUGUCUCUCUUUUCGCUCAGCUCUGCCACGCAGGCUCGAGACGGCGCACAAAAAUUCGGGAAUGGCGACGUGAUAUGGGACCCGCAGUUGAUUCUCGCCGCACUCCACAGAGAGCAGCAUUUCCACCUUCUGUGUCUGUUUCAUUUGGCUAUCGCACUGUAUGCGGAGGACUCCCUGGGGGUUUACGGCGAUGUGGAUAAUGUGUGUAACCCUGUCGCAGUCUCGGUGUUUACCCGGCUCGCCCGCCACGGCUUCGUUGAGAACUUGCUCGACCGCAUUGGCACUUUGGUCUCGACGCUGGUGUGUCCGCCUCUGCUGCCGAGCGCGCCGGUGGCGGAUCCGUCUUCUCCACCGUCUCAGUUGCCGUCUCCGAAGGAAAGUGUGCUCUUUGGAGGUGCGUCACCGUACUACGGGACCCUUUUGUCUCCAUUUCCUUCCGUACUUUCCCUCGCGAUGGCUGCCGCACGCGAGGCUCUCGGUGGCACCUCGGCUUCACCGCCUGCACCUGAGGGUGGAGCGUCCGCAGCACCUGCUUCAGCUUUGGCUGCUGUCUCGGAAGUCCACGACAGCGCCAUGCUGGACCUGUGUCUGAAGCUUUUGCAGCUCUUUUUCGCGCGUUUCCAACCCAGCAUGCAAGACGUGCAGGAUGUGCUGCUUCUUAUUCCGCAUGUCCUGAGUCCGCAUGCGAACGUCGAGAGAAGUCGGACAGAAGGCCGGCUGGAGAAACUCUCUUCAGGAGGUGUUUAUGAGCUCGACGCAAAGUUCCACGCUGCCUUGCGAGCGCUGGGAGAAAGAGAGAGGGAAUCGUUUUUUUUCGGCGGGCGUGCAGACGGAUUGCCCGGACUGCAGCCCGGCCAGGAAGAGCGGGAGAGACGUACGCGGCUUCUCUACGGUGAAGAUGCGCUGAGGAGAAUCAAAGGCGGCAGCGCGACUUUCUUUGCCAGUCUGCAACUCCUCUCGCGCCCGCUGUCCUUUCGGUUCGCGGAAAUUCUCCUGCUUGCUCUGCACCCCAAGCUGCUCCGGUGGUUUGUGACACGGGAGCCAGAAACAUGCAUGGAGAAGAAAAAAGACAAUGACGACGAAGGGAAGGAUUGUGGCAAUCUCCUAGAACUACCUCCCCUCACGGAACUCAAUCCGAUGAGCAGUCCCCAGGAUAUCCAGGAAUGCCAAGGCGACGUUCUGGAAGAAGACCGCCAGGGCGUGACGACGAGGCUCGUGCCUCCGUUCUCGCUCUCAGCGGCUGAGAGAGCAGAGGAAAAUAAACCACAAGGAGGAGGGACCCAGGCGGCUUCUGCGCGUCUUCUCAUUCCUCCGGACGCCGGCAUGUUUUACGAUAAACUCGCAAAGCUCCGUCACGCGGGCCAAGCGUUUUGGCGCGACGACGCGGGGCUGGAGUGUCUCCUCCGCUUUAUCGUCUGCGGGGUCUACAUGUCCGACGCGCGAGACGCAUGGGAUGCACUCGUGUCGUCGCCGCGAAACAUGUUCGUUCUUUUAGGCGAGGUGUUUCUGCGUGGGCGGUCGCCACUCGAUGCCAUUGACCUUCUCUCCUUCCAGCUGGUCCACGAGUUUCUCUGGCUCGGCUUCGCCGCUGCUUCCCCCCUUCCUUUGUCGUCGCCACUUCUCACUGAGGAAGGUCGGACGUCUCUGUUGACGCACUUGGUAGAAGUGGAAGUGCACCGCGCGCGGUCGCGGAGUCUUUCGUGGAUGAUUGAAGACUUCCGGAGGGAAGAGGAAGAGGUGCCCUUCUCCUUCUCAUCCCCGGCUUCUCCCUACGACUGUUUCUUCUCUGAGCACGCGUUCGUUGGCGCGCCGCUGCUCCACACUGAGAUGGCAUCGUUUUACCAGGCCGGCGAGGACGCCGGACCUGAGGACGAUGAAGACGGCGGGUUGGCAGGCGGCAUCCGCUCGCGGCGCCACGCAGGCUGGUCACCAGCGUUUUUUCCUCCGUUUUUCGGAGACAGGACUGGAAGGGCCGAGCGACGGCGAAGAGAAAAAUCGUAUCGCUUCCCGUUCGCACACAAGGGUGGAAGCGGACGCGAAGGCGACGAAGGCACCGGCCACUUGCUGGCUCUCCUCAAUCUUAUUGCUCUCGUGUGCCGAGCCUACCCCGCUGCCUGCACCCAUUACACGGAUCUCCUGUCCUACUGCACUGAACGCUUUUCUUUCCUUUUUGACACGUCGCUGUAUGGAGAGGACGGCAUCGACGCCUCUCUGCACCUCGCCCACCGUCCCGGCGCGUCCGCCUCAUCUCUGUCGUUUCACCCUCGCGAAAAAGCUCUCGCGGACUCGUCGCCCUUCUUUCCCGUCGUGAACGACCCCAACGAUGCAAUCCCUCUUGCGGCGACCUUCCCGCUCGCGUCGUCCUUCAGGGGAUCGUCUGAAAGAUACCUCACCUCGCCCUUUGCUGUCCGGCCUCCGUCCCCAGGGCCCGGGCGCUCCCUCUCGUCUGCCUCUCUUCUUUCAGACGCCGCAGGCCCCGCGGAUGCUGUGUUCGGGCCAGACCGCAGGGCAGCUCUGCCAUCUUCGUCGGCAGACUUGCGAGUCCUAAGUGCGGCGACCCGCGAACUGGGAGUGAGUCUCGCUCUGCAUCCCCCGCUGUUGGUCGCCCUUCUGAAUCUGUCUUCUGUUCUCGCGAGCCGCGGAGGCCCCCUCGUGGCUCAGAGAGUUGCUGCGAACUUCGGCACGCCUCUGCUGCCGUCUCUCCGCUUCUCGCGCCUUUUUCUGACCCUCUUUCAGCAAUUGGAGGCUUCACUGCGAGGCCAGUACGCAGCGCUGCCGCAGUACUUCUUCCUGGGGAGGCACAGCGACUUCCCAGCGUCGUCGUCUCUCGUUUCGGCCCUCGACAUCACGCCGCCGGCGCUCGCCUCUGCGUCGCCAUACUCCAGGUCUUCUUUCCUGGCGUCGCGCGGCCUCGCCCUUCCCGCGGAGGAAGCGAGAGACCGCUCCCACAUCUUUCUCUCGCCGACGGGGCUCGACCGCGACAGGGCGCUCCGACAGAGCGGCGACGCGGACGGGCGCCAUGAGUUCCUGGGCGGCAUGCUGCGCGAAGACAGGCACUUCCACCUGCUUGACCGAAGCAAAAGCUUUCCACGAGGCCUUCUGGCAUGUCUAGAGGCGUGCCUGCGUCUUGCCGGCAGCCUCAACAACUCCUUUCUCCUCUAUCUUCUCCCACUCCCCUUCCCAACACUCCCCGAGCGUCUUUGUCCACUGCUGCGAGCCGCGCCGCUGUAUGGAGGCAGAGGGAAGCGCGAAGGCGGUCUACGGAGCCCCUUCGCUUCCGUCGCCUUGGCCUCGUCGCUCCCGUUCCCACAGCCCGGGCUGGGAUCCGGGGAGUACGGCAGCUCGCCCAGCGCGUUCGCGGACGAGGGUCGCGAUCGCGGCGAAGGCUGGCAUUUGCUUGACUUCAUCUACGAGAUUCUCCACAUGAACUCGAACAACAAACACAUCAACUUGUUGGGAAUCAAGGCGGCAUGUCUCGAGGCACUGACAGGCAACCUUGUGAGGAACCCGUCGACGUCUCUCGCGGUUCUUCUUCAGCUUAGCUCGAUGAUCGACAGCCUCCGGCGCGACCUGAGCCUGCCCGCGGAGAAGGCGGCCGGCGCCUCGCGGGACCUCUCUGACAAAAACGAGAGCGCUUUUCUCUCUCCGUCGUCGCCUGUUGCAGAGGACGAGGGCCGGCUGCUUCUCGCCUUCACAACCUGCGUCGCGUACCACCUCCAGCUCGUGGGUCUCCGACGUCGCUUCGACGCAACUCUCGCCUCGUUCUGGGCUCGCGUGUCCGAUAGCGGGGCCGGCGACUGUGCCCACGGCGAGUGCAGAAACGCGAGCGGCGGGUCUCAGGGGCCUUCCUACGCGGCGCGGACCCGGUUUGGGACUGAGAGAGAGAUCAGAAAAGUUGAGUUCGCGGGCCUCAACGGAGCACGGGAGACGCGGUGCGACGCGAGCGGCGGCACAGGGGGGGCGGACAACGCUGACGAGUAUCUGGCCUCGAAUUGGAGAGAAGGAGAGAGAGAUGUUUAUGGCACAUGCGCCAACAGUCGAGACGACGCGAGAGCUAACCUCUGCGCGGCAGGCACUGCGAACGCGGCAGGGGCGUUCUUCGCUUCCUCCCAGGAAGGGAAGGCGAUUAUUGCUUCCUUGGGAGAUAUGUCCCUCGCUAGAGGCAGCGACCCCCGGGACCUCGCGCUGCUCCACACCGUCGUGGGGUCGCACCUAACACGUUUGACGGCGUUUCUGUUGGAGGUCUUCGUCACUGUGUUUCGAGAGCCGUUUCAUCGCGCUUGGCAGAGUCUCCCCCAGGCCCGGUAUUGGCGCUUGGCUGUGAUCCUCCUGCGGUCGUUCCGGCUUAUUCUUCGCGGGCCGCUUCCCCGGGUCGGCGCGAGUACCGUGGAUGCCACGGUUCGUGAGCCGUUCGGCAGCUGCCAAGGCGCGACUGCGGGGGCGACCACGUAUCUGUUCCGAGCUUUCCUUUGUAUGGAGUCCGAGGCCUUCGAUGCCCUGAUGAAGGUAUCCUGCUUCCACAACGCCUCGUCUCGCCUGUCCUUCUCGCUCUCGCAUUUUCUUCUCUCCUCACACAAAAAGAACCAGUCGCACGGGCGUGCCUCGCCGAACAACCCCUUCGCCGCGAGCUUAGCACAUUCGCCUUUUGCCUCUUGGCGCGCAGGUCCAUGCAGCGGUGCGUCGCGCCCCGGAAUGCGGGCUGACCUGGGAAGCAGCUGGGAGCGAGGAGGCGGGACCGCGGGCACCGAAGAAGGGCCUUUGUCGUUCUCCUGGAACAGACAAAGACGCGAGCAUGAGCGUGGACUGGGCCGGUUUUCCGCGGGUGCCUCCGGUCGAGCCUCUGAGGCCUCGCCCCUGUCUGCGUCUCUUUCCUGGGCCGCCCGCAGCAUUAUGGCUGAGGAAGUCGCCGUUGUCGGCCUCGAUCUGCUUCGGUUGCUGUUCCAGCGAGACGUUCUUUUUCUUCAGUUCUACCGGCGCCAGGCGACGCUGCAGCUGCAAAGCGCAGAAAAACGAGCCUCCGGCAGCCGUCUGUGGCCGGGAGCCGAGACUAGGGACUCGAGCGAAGCUGCAGGGGGAGCAAACGCAGACGAGAGAUGCGGCCACCCACACAGCGGCACUAGCCCCUUGGCGUGUGAGGGACUGUUGAUUCCCUCCUCCGCUCCCAGGCUCCUCCAAGAGGGGGACGGUAGCAGUUCGGGGUUGCCUCCAGAACCGUCGGCUGACAUUCAAGUCGGCACGGCGUUCCCCGGUGCGUUCCGUGAGCCACGCGAAGGGGUGACGACCGGAGGGCCUCGGUUAGGCGGGAGUGGGUGGGCUCUUCGGACUGCAGAAACAGCUGCCGCGGAUUGUCUGCGUCUUCGAUUCACCCACGAACAGCUUGCGCGUUCGGCGUCGUCUCUCGUUCACGAGCUUCUCUGGGCAACGGCAUGCGCCCUCGGAAUCGACCCAUCUUCUUCGCUUCGCUUCCGACAGACAAAGGGACAGGGUGGCUCGAGCGCGCUGGCGGACUCCUCUGUAUUUCUCGGCUUGCUUUCUUCGUCUCUGUCCAUACCUCCCUUCUCAUGGUUCGUUCUUGUCCAUUUGGGCGGCGCGGGCUUGCGAGGCACCGGCGGUGGCUCGCGACAUGACGCGCUGUCAACUUUCUCCCCGUCGUCCUAUCCUCCCUCUCUCCUCCGAGUGUGGAAGCUGUCACUGUUCACGCUGCACCAGCUGAGCGUGCGAGACCAAGGCAGGCUUUCAUCGCUCUUCGCUGCGUACCCAGGGAUCUUAGAUGCAGCCCGAGAGACCGUUGCCCUCGCCCUGCUCAUGGCGCCCUCUCGAUUCGCUCUCUCCUCGGGAGACACCGAUCAGGACAAAAUCGUCUUCGGGAGCGGAGCCGGCGGGGACAGGGAGGACGGCGAAUUCAGAGACAGCGAGGAGAGGUGGGUGGAGGCGCAGGAAGCGAGCGACAGGCCAGGCGGCAAAGCCGCGAGACGUGGAAAAGCAGCAGCCGGCUAUUUUCUGUCGCAUCCUCCGGAAGAUGGCGACACGACUGUGUUGACCCGCUUUGGCACCGAUGACGACAGAGAGUCAGACGUAGAAGAGGGCAGGUUUCCGGCGCUGGUGCUGCCUUCUUGUGAAGACCUGGCUGACCCGCUAUACGCCACGGCGUCGCUCAGUAGCUUCUUCCUCGAAGUCCCGUCCACCUGGCAGAAGAAGACUCUCAGUCAGGCAUUGCUGUCUCAGUGCGUAGCGGAUGAAAAAGAGCGCGACCGCGAGUCCCCGCUGCUUGCCUCGCUGCGCCGGUCGUCCCUUCUCCAAAGAGCCCGCGACGAUCCCUCCUCGGCGUCAGGCGCGAUACAGCGAGGAGGCAGUGAGAGCGAAGCUCCGCCGUAUGCUGACGGAGUCCAUGCGUCCCCGACUGCUGAUGAGCAUAUUAUCUCUUUCCCGCUGCUUCGCUCGCGGCUCUCAGACAUCACGUCCCUUACUGAGGCACGACUCGAACGUAGGUUGAACCUGUCUGCAUCGACUGCAGCGGAGAAACUCUUGCAGUCGGGAGGUGAAGAGGCGGGCGAAGAAGCCGGCGUGCUCCUGGAGAAGAAGGAUGAGGGCAUGGUGCAGGCGCGGCGACUCUUCCGCUCGUGGCUCAGGUUUUCGUUCUACGCCGAAGUGCGAGAAGUCGACGAGUUUGCCAAGCUGCAGAACGCCCUCCCCGCCUCGUCUGUCUCCACCGCCCUUCCGAUUCGGAAAGACCUCGACAGAAAGUGGCAGCAAGUCGAAGAUGCGAUCGUGGAAGGCACCGACCUGGCUUCUUGGCAAGCGCUUCGUGUGCAGGAGACGCGCCAGCUGCGCGACAUGCCUCCCACAUGCAGACGGCGAAGGCGCUACGCGAGUGGAAGCGCAGCAGCCCAGACCGACGACACGGGCGACCUCGAGGGUGGAGACUGCAUCUUUGACGACGAAGAUUUCCUCUCCCUCUUCCCGUCGCUUUCUCACCUCUACGCAGCUUCUCGCCCUCUAGUCCACUCAGCCAAAUGGGUGGAUGCUGGCUACCUCCGUGAGGACGGAGAAGCGCCGCCGAGCGCGUGGAUUCUCCCGCCUUUCCAGCCGCCAGGGUGUCCAGCUUUCGCGUACGGCCACGUCCCGGCGAACUACCAGACCUCCGCUUUCCACACAAUCUCGUUUCGGCGGCUUGCCCUUCUUCUCCUUCACUCAGGCGUCCAGCGUGCCUGUCUCGCGUCUCUCUCUUCGUCCUCUGCUGCCUCGAUGAGCUCCAGGGGCCUGCGUGGGGCCCCGAGCCCCGAGAGCGGAUUUGAGCGCGAGGGCGACAGGAGCGUGUCUUCGUCGUUCUCGGACGUGAAACCUAAGGGGAGCGGAGCGGCAAGAGGAGCCUCGCCGUCUGCAGCACUUUCGACCAGUCUGCCUCUCUCGCUCGCCCUCCUAGGCCUCGCACCCGUUACAGACUGUGUGUCUGAUUGGGCGCCGUCGGGUAGCAACUCUCGGCUUUUUGAGAUAGUGACGCGAGCUUGCCCGGCCACUCUGGCGACGCUUGUCGGCGCAUUUUCGUUCGCUUCGCGAUCUCCACAAGGACUACGUUCCCGCGUGUUGAGGAAUCUCGGCGUUGUGAUCGGAGACAGAGAGCAGUGCGGCAAAGGAGACGCCGCCGGGCUCGCUCCCGUCCCAUCCUCGCCCCCGUUCAUUCUUCCCGUCCUGUGGUGGCGCGGCCAGGAAGAUCCUGGUCUCAAUUCGGGCUCCUCGCCGGCUUCAAGCAGAGGUGUCAGACCAGGCCAGGUGGCUGAGGCCUUGAUGGGACUGCUUCGCGAGGGGCCUCACUUCGAGGUCUUCGUCGACGACCUCGGCGACCCCUCGCCCCAGGCCCUCGACCCCGCCACGGGUGUCUUGGUCCAGGAAGGCGAGCGGCAAGCCCCGAUCGUCGCGAAUUACAACCAGCACUGGGAGUACCUGAAGGCCUUGCAGAUUCUCCAUCUGCUGGCAGUGACGGAGGCCACGCGCGCUGCGGCUCUGCAGCUUCUCGUGUGCCAGUGGCCCGAGAGGUAUCAACACCUCGACGCCCUCGCCUCGUGCAUUCGGAACGUGUCGAACUUCCCGCUUCUCCUGCGUCCGCUUUUUCUUCUCCAGCUCUCAUCCACCGCAGAGGUAUGUGCCGUUGAGAUCCGAGAGACCCUGCGCAGUGUGGGGUGUGCGGGCCAUGCCCUUGCCCAGGGGAUCUUGCCGUACGCGAAGGGAAUGCAGCCGUUCCUUCCGUCGGGCUCUUCGUCUGCGUCAGGCGAGGGGAGUGCUGCGAAGAGCAAAAGUACGCAAAUGGGGAACAGCACUGCCAUCCCGUCUCCUCAAGACGUGAUCGACGAUCUCGCCCUCGUCGCUCAUCGCCUCCUGAACCCUUCACCGAACCCAGGCGAAGAACGGGAUCUCCUCUCUUCGUUCUCCCGUCUUCUCUUUUCCUUCCAAAAGAGCAUUCGGGCUCCGUCCCUCCUCCGGUCUCUAGGCGACACGCUGCACAGCGUAGCAACCGCCGGCACGCGCCGCGAGGACGUCGACACCCACAUGAGGAGACAUGCCCCCAGCGGCUCUGCGUCGCGGAAGCCCGGGCGCCUCUUUGAUCGCUUUCUGGCCUUCGAGCGAGCCAUGCAGGCAGACCGUGGAGACCAAGCACGCCAAGGACGGGAGGCAGAGGAACGCUUUCUCUGGAUGAAAGCUGCAGGGGUCACGCGAGCCGUCGCACUCUUCCUCGAACUCUGCGAGCGAGACCUUACUGUCCUCUCGCUCUCGUCCUCCAGUUCGUCACGAACCGUCUCUUCGGCUGCCUCGCCAACUUUUCUUUCCGCUUCCCUCAUCGACCCUCUGAUGUUCCUCAAACUCAGGGACAGCAUAUUGAGUCCCUUGGCCUCGCAAAGGCAUAUGCGGAGAGCUGCUCCGGACACGCAUGCGCUUCCGGCGUCUCUGGAGAGACUGCUUGCGUUGUCAAACCCGCAGACGUCUCCCCCCUUCUCGUCUCUCCAUGCACAACUCGGCGAGGAUGCAACUGUUUCUUCCCUGUCCCUGUUUCAGCUGGUUGGAUCUGGCGAGACGCGGGCAAUUUGGAACCAGCACCCGGACCUCGUGGCCGCCUUUUUGACGUCUCUGUGGGUCGAUAGUUUCCACGCAAAUGUCUCGAAAUUCACUGCGCUGGCUCUGCAGACUGCCCUGGCGGCGCUGCCCAGUCUAGCCCGUGCGUGCUACACACUUCUGUCGCCCACAUUCCUGCGGCCCGCCUCUUCGUUCCCUCGCUUCGCGCUGUCUCCGUCGCCGUGGACAGAUCGCCCACUCACAGGCGCCUCCCCGUACGCCCGCCUGCACAUCGCGCAGCGGUCCCUAGAGACGCUCGAGGGCUUGUUAGCUCCGCAUCACGUCCGCGACUACUCGAUUUUCCAGAUCUGUGGCCUGACGCGCUUCUUCCAUCUCUCGCUCUCGAUAUGGUGUACGGAAACCCUGUUGAUUAGCGACGAGAUCCGUGACGCAGCUUCCUCUGGCUCUUCGUUCUUCGCUCAACGAGCGCGAGAAGAGCAACGCGCAGCUGGAGUGUCCUCUCUCGCCUGCGCUUCUCUCUUUUCGACGUCUUUCCCGACGCAGCUCGCCAAACUCCUCGUCCGCCUCCUGCUGUCAAUCCCCGAAUCCGGGAGCGCGGCCGACCAAGGCGACACAACGUUCGGAAAAGCCAGCGUGGCACCCCUUGAAGCCGCCGCCGCCCUCUCGACCGCCUGGGCGGUCCGCGCCCUGAUCUACGAUGGCCUUGUGCUGCUCUUCCGCCUCCCCAUUUUCCUCACGAGCUCAGCGACAGCUGGCAGCCACGCUGGAGAUGGCUCAUGCGGUUUCUCCGCCAGGGACUCCGACGAAUCUCUCGGAGACGACGCACGGUGCUGGCGGCGAGAAGAAGACGGUCUGCCGUCGGAGCGAGCUGCGACCAGUCGCGUGGCGGUCGCUCUGCUGUCCGGAAUGGCACGCGAGCCUGACUCAAGGCCGCGACUGUUCCGUCUGCUUCUUCAAGAUGCGAUUCUAGAUGUGAGAGGUGCCACAUCGCCCGUGGUGUCGUCGCCGCCUUUUACCGACGCCACCAGCACCCUGUGUUUGCCGAGAAACAGCGAGAGUCUCCUCGGACUCCUCGCAGCUCUCGCGCCUUCCCAGGGAGUGCAGGCGUCGCCCAGUGCCUCGUCCAGCGCCUACUGCGGCGCCUUGUCGUUCUCAUCGUCUUCGACAGCCGUCGACCCUAGGCGCAUCUCGUCGUACGUGGCAGAUUCGGUGAAACAGGCCGCGCUCAAGCAGCUUUUCCCGUCCGUCCCGUCGACGCUCGCGCUCGGCGCUCUGCGCGUCUUGACUGCAGUUUUGCAGGCCUCCCUUCCUGCACAGCUCGAGUACGAAGGUGACGCGGACUUUGCGACCUGGGUGCGUGUCUUCACUGGGGAAAAGAAGGUCGCCGUGGCAAGGGACGCGGACGAAGAUGACAGAAGCAAAGGGUCAGCGGCUGGGAACAGGAAUGGGCUUCUGGGCUCCGUUGCGCCAACACACCGGGGUGACCACCGCGGAAGGCGGGAGGAGCUCGAAGCGGGACGGGGCAAGGACGAACCAGGAGGGAAAGGCACCUUGUUCAGACCCGAGGAAGAAAGGCACGGAAGCAGCAAAGCGGAAGCAUGGUUACAUACAACAGGCGAUUGGGGGUAUGGCCACGAAGGCGAAGGAAACCGGGAGGGGGGCGGAGAGAGAGCGACGCGAGUCUCUGAUGGAUCAUACACAGGAGAAGGGCAGAGAGCUUCGUCGGAAGCAGAUGUCUUCGAGGUGUGUCUGGCGGCAGUGCUCCUUGCACAUCUCUACUGUGACGAGGCAGAGCCAGUGAACGGACACCACGAUUCGCAAGAACACGGGAUGCAAAAACGAGACGACUUGUUCCCGAGGAGGUAUUUCAAAGACCGAGGAAAUGGAAACUCGAGCACCGUCUCGCUCCUCUUCUCACUGGUCUCCCGCAAGGAGGCCGGAGUAUGUCGGCGGUGCACCAGCGCGGAAGAGAUGCAGGAACUUGCUCUCCUGGCGCUUCGCCUUUUCCACGCUGCUUGCGAGCAUCCUGGCUUUGCACGAGACUGCGUUUCGCGCCUGUUGCCGAGCCACCUGCUGCGCGCUCUUCUUUCUCAUGAGGAUGGAGCGAGCAGAGUCCUGGAGUCUGAUUCGAUCGCAACUCCGGCAACUUCGCCUUCUUUCCGCCUUCUCGAUCUGUUCCUGUCUUCUCCGCUGCUUCGCGCGUCGACGCAGACGGUGAACCUGCGCGCCUUUCUCUCUUCCGCCGUAGCGGUGCCUUCCCUCGUAGAGCCCAGUAAAAACGAGGGGGCUUUCCCCUCUCUCGUCUCCGGACUCUCAGACGCUCUCGUCACAGUCGUGCCUGUCGACCUCUUGCUUUCCUUCCUCUCCGUGCUACAGACUCUCUUCAGCCUAGACCCGCUCCCCGGCAGGCUGGUCGAUCGCACGAUUCAAUGGGUCAAUCGCGAGGCGAAUGCCUUUCUCUUUCCUCUUCGUUUCUUGUCACGGUUGAUUACCUCGUGGACAGAAGCGAGACGAAACAACGCGUCGCCCCUCUCGCGGUUUCCGGCUGCUUUAAGUUUAGCGCUGCCGUCUCUGUCCGGGCGAAAAAGACGCUCGUGGUCGUCCUUUGAGUCUCCCUUCCCGUCGGCGGCUUUAGGCGGCCAGCAGAGUGAAGUCGAGGCUCUCUGCGCAGCCUUGGACCGUUUCUGCAGCACGUCGCUUGCUUUCUCGUCGCCUGCGGAGGGCGUGGAUGACUUCAGACAAGCUCACACCUUUACUAGAAGGCUCGAGGAGACAGUGGGCCGCGUCUACCUCGCUGCGUGCGCCUCGCUUCGAGUCUACUUGCAGUUGUUGAAGGCAGAGCGAGAUCGCAUAGACUCGCAGAGUAAGGUCGCGCUGACGCACCAGCUGCUCCGAGGUGAUUUCAGGUUCGGAGCCGAAGUCGAGUCUCUCCUUGAUACACUUCUCGCCUUCCUGCUCGUCGACCCAGCCUCGUUGAAGGAAAGAGAGGAGAACGACGCAGACGAAGACUGUACAAGAAGAAGGCGGCGAAAAGAGGAUGCAGUGGUCUCGCGCUUCCGCCUCACCAACGGCCUGAGAGAAGUGCGCGAGAGCGAUGAUGAUGAAGCAACAAGCGAUGAGGAAGACGCAGAUACCUUCUCGCCCUCGACCACAGGCUUAGGAGCCGCUCUCCGACCGGGCCUGCCUGGACGAGAAGAGGUUGAUGGCCUCUGCUGCAAACGCGAGAGAAGAGAGCCGGGCUCAGUCGUGUCUGACAGACAACAAGCCAACACAAUGGUCGCUUGGUCGUCUCACAGACGAAAAAACACCGACCCGACUCUCCGUCUUCUUCUCGCCCUCCAACCAGCAAAUGACACUGUCAAGUGGGAUGCCGUUCUUCUUAUGCUCCAGGUCAUCGGUUUCUCGCUCGGUUGCUACAACCGGAGCUUCGCGACGUUCACACUCGGCGCCUCUGUGGAUGAAGAGGCUCGUAGAGCGGCGUCGAAGCACGUUGACAGGGUUUGCGAAGCAACGGCCUCUCUGUCUGUCUUGGCAGUCAAGACGCUUCUCGAUGACAGAGCCGCUCCGACACCGUCAUUUUCUUCCGCUCAGGCAUUCGUGCUCUUCCUAUCGUCACUGGAAGCGUCUUUGCACCUUCUUCACGGCCUUUUGCUUCUCUGUCUUCGUGCACCUCCGCCAUUUGAAGAGCAACGUCAUCACGAUCCCGCCAUGGCCCCUCACGAAAGCGAGAGAAGUCGCCUCUUCAUUGCCUCACCGAGUUCUCGUUGGCGAAGCAGAGAGUCCUUGAAUCCUGCCCGGACUCAGGAGCUUCUUACCCUGCACCCUCAGUUUCUCGAGUUCCUUCCUCUGUUAGACCAGUUGAGCUACGCAUGCGCCUCAGGCGCACCGCCUGCGGCCUUUGUUGGCGCCUGCAGUCGACGGCAAGGCUGGACAAGGAGACAUCAGAGAGAGGAAAAGGGAGACGAGGGACUUUAUGCCAGACUUGACGUUGAAGAACGAUCUGCGCUAGAUGCAAUCGCCUUCUUUGCGGACCGGUUGAAGAUGCUUAUCUAUUUCUACCUCAAGAAUUGAAGCAAGCAACCAGGGUGAACAUUCGCACCUUGCGACUUAAUGUACUGUAGCUCCGUUUGUGGGCCUGUAACAGGCUGAAC